UAUGGAGGCCACUGAUUGGCCUGAAUUAUGUGGGUGUCAGCAUUAUUACAGCUUAUAUGGUUCAUAGUACGCGUUAGGCCUGUGAUAUACAACUUCGUUGAAUUGUCAAGCUCGGACUGACAAGGAUGCCACCUAAGAGAAAAGCGGCUCGGGCGGCUAAAGCCGGUGGUAAGAAGGCCAAGACUGCCGACGCUGCUGAGGCUGGACCGUCCACUGUUCAGGAUGCUAUCGCUAGUCUGAAGUCUGCCGACGCCGGGAAACCCAAGAAGUUUAAACCUGAUAGUUACUUUCCCAUCUCCGGGUGUAGUGUAUAUAGUGAUUACGACUGUAUGCUCAACCAGACGAAUAUCGGACACAACAACAACAAGUACUACGUGAUUCAGGUUCUGCAGCAAGGAUCAAACUAUUAUGCCUGGAACAGAUGGGGCAGAGUGGGAGAGCCUGGUUCUAACUCCAUGAAGGGACCAUUCACUGAUGUGAAAAAAGCUACGUCCGACUUUGAGAAGAAGUUUUCAGACAAAACAAAGAACAAAUGGGCAAAUCGAGAGAAUUUCAAGGCAGCCCCAGGAAAAUAUACUCUUAUAGAGAUGGCAGGAGAGGAAGAGGACGAAGUGGAUGCAGCAGCCACUGCAUUGGCACCUGUGGUCAAGGGUCUGACUGCUCCCUGCACACUGGACAAUGCUACCCAGAUACUGAUGAAACUCAUUUUCGACCACGACAUGUUUAAAGAAGCCAUGGAGAAAUUUGACAUUGACGUCAAGAAGAUGCCCCUGGGGAAGUUAAGUAAGGGCCAGAUAGCGAAGGGAUUUGAGUGUCUGGAUGAAAUUGAGGCUGCCAUCAAGGGGAAUAAGCCUCGGAAUACUUUGUCUAGUCUGUCCUCCAAGUUUUAUACUGUUAUUCCUCACAACUUCGGCCGUAAGAUCCCUCCAACGAUCGGUGACCUCGAGACCAUUCGUCAAAAGAUGGAUAUGCUCCUGGUGUUGGGAGAUAUUGAGCUGGCACAAAGUCUGCAGAAGAACACACGAUCAAGUCAGAGUACUGCUGGAAAAGAGCCCCAUCCGUUUGAUGUCAAUUACGGCCUACUCAAAUGUAAACUGGAUACUCUAGAUUCCAAGUCCCAGGAAUACAAGAUCCUGGAGACGUAUACCAACAAUACACGAAAUAGUUCUAACUGGAGACAGACUAAGAUCAAAUAUAUCUGGCGCAUGGACCGUGACGGAGAGGGUGACCGGUUCAAGACCCAUGAUAAACUAACUAAUCGUAAACUUCUGUGGCAUGGAACCAACGUCGCUGUGGUGGCAGCUAUAUGUAAAGGUGGCCUUCGUAUUAUGCCACAUAGUGGUGGGCGCGUAGGGAGUGGCAUCUACUUUGCUUCAGAGAACAGCAAGUCUGCCGGUUAUGUGCAGCCAGCAGGUAAAAUAGGUAUUAUGUUUCUGGAUGAAGUCGUUCUUGGAAAGGAACACCACAUCAAGACAGAUGAUUGGACACUAAAAUCAGCACCACCAGGGUAUGACAGUAUCAUAGCCAUGGGUCGCACAGAGCCAGAUCCUAAGAAAGACACAACACUGACUCUGGACGGAAAGAAAGUCGUUGUGCCCCAGGGGGCUCCCAUCAACCAGUCGAAGUGGAAUACAUCUAACUUCUCUCAGAGCGAGUACCUUGUCUAUAAGGAGAGCCAGAACCGGUUACGUUACCUGUUGAUGGUAGAAUUUUAGACUUAACCAUUGAUGUGACCACCAUUGUGAUUCAGAAAUACAUUACGUCUCCAACCAUGACCUUGACUCAUAAAACCAAGUAUGGAUGAAUUUGGAGUUGUUUUUUUUUAGAUUUUUUUUAGGUGGCAAGUCUGUGGCACAAAAACAAAUUACUAUGUGCUACACAUAUAUUAUCCUCUGUUUGUACACUUACUCGGAAAUUUCAUUGUAACAAAACUACCAGAUAAUUAUCUGUGUUGAGUAAUACGAUUUGGAGGCCUAGAAAGUUCUACCACUGUGUUGUGCUUUGAGACACUUUAACCUUCAACAGUGGUAUCUUUUGGUCACAGGCUCAAGGUCAUAUUUUUUACAAGAUAUAAUUUUGUAUUUGAAAACAAAUAUUCAUGAUGUUAUUUUUGUACUCCGGCUUCACAGGGUUAAAUUCACAUUCAUGACCAUCAUCUGUGUGAGUGAAAUUCAUAUAUGCAUUACUAUCCACAUUUAAUAACUUAAGGUCGUAUUUAAAAAAUAUUCUCAAUACACUUAAAAGGUCAUAUUUUCAAGAUCAUAUUUGCAAGAUAACCCUUGUGAUAUCAGCUUAUAUAUCAAUAUAUCACUUUUCCCUUGGGUCAUGGAUUCAAGGUCAUAUACAAAGUCACUUUCGAUAGGGUCACAUCUGACAGCAUCAUUGUACAGUGGGGUCAAGGUCAUCUUGUAAGGUCGAUUCUCAUUAAUGAUUUAUUGUAGAGAACUAUUAACAAUAGAAAAAUGAUUGUUGUGUCUUGUUACUGUGUUAACAUAGUGAAAAAUAUGUUUUUGAAAGAGAUUCCAUUUUAGCAGCAAAUUUAGCUUUGUAACAAGUUAAUUUAGGGUUUUUCCUGCAAACAUUUUAAAGUUGUGAUAAUCUAUUACAGUUUGCCUAUCUUUUAUAUUUAUUAACUUUACAUUUUUACAUUUUAACUUUUAAAUUUUCAUUCUAUUAAUGUGGCAAUUUUAUGUUGGUAACAUUACUCAGCCAGUGCUAAGAAUAUAACUCUUUUCUGUUAAUCAUUAGGCACUGGUAAACUAUUCUAUACAUUAGAUGUGCUGUAUUCUAUGUGUGACUUUCAAUAGGAAUUCUUAUUUGUUCUGUGAUAGUGACAAUCACCGACUUCACUUCAUUUUAUUUAAAUAAAUUUUAUAUCAAUAAUC